GAUAUCCUCUUCUAGACAACGCACAAAAACAGCACCAAAAUAUGAGUUACUGUUCAAGGCACAAGAACUGAACCUAUAGAGCUCCAAACGACAAACUGACCGUUCAGAUUGUAGAUCAAAGUCUUGUAAAUCCCCAAACCAAAUUUCAGCUCAAUCCAACGGUGAACAUUUACGGAUCGGACAAAGUUGCAAAACUGUGCACUGUAUCAAUCUGCAGAAUUCUCCCCUGCUUUCUUUUCCCUUCUCUGCCGGCUGGUCCUUCACGUGUUCUCUACGUACAGGACAUCCAGUCCACUCAAAAUAGUUCUACUAUGAUAAAACAUCGUCAAGAAGAAAUGGGCGGUCAACUCCGCUUUCAUGGCCCUCUACGCUUUUGCGGCCGUCGUCAUCUGCUGGGUUACUUGGGCUUACAAGAUGUCCUUUGGCUACAAGCUUCUUCCCUUUUGGGGCAAAGCCGGGCCAGCCUUGGGUCAGAACUUUCUCAUCAAGCAGGCCGCUCUACCUCAGACCACUCAGCACUACCAUAACCAUACCGUGGAGACGGCCGAGGCGACGCCCUAUUACCCCAUGGCGUCCAUGGUAUGGUUCCAGUGCGUGUUUGCGGCGAUCACGCUGAUCCUGCUGGCCGGAUCGGUGCUGGGGAGGAUGAACAUAAAAGCUUGGAUGGCGUUUGUGCCGCUUUGGCUGACCUUUUCGUACACCGUCGGAGCGUUCAGCUUGUGGGGUGGUGGUUUCUUGUUUCACUGGGGUGUCAUGGAUUACUCCGGCGGUUAUGUCAUUCAUCUUUCUUCUGGGAUCGCUGGCUUCACCACCGCCUAUUGGGUAAUCCUUUUCUCAGUUCAUUAAUUAACUCUUGGUUAAAUCUCUAAUUUCAUCCCUGAACUAUUGUAUGUACUUCGAUUUGAUAUUUACUGUUUAUCAAUUUGCUUCAAAUUAGUUUUUCUGUAAAAAAAAAAUUGACAUGUCUA